GCCCAAACCUAAAUCAUACAUUGUCCACCAUCCCUCACUCAUAGUCCCUCUUUUCUGUUCUCUAGGUGCCACCUUCUUUCACCUCCGGCGAACUAGCUGAGGCAAGGUCACCGAGAACCACCGGACACAGUUUUUUUUCUUCUUGAAAGCCUAACUUCAGCCGCGUCCACAGUUUCUAAUGGAAGGCUUAAAGGUUUCAAAAGCCAACUUAGUAGUUUACAUUCAUCCUUCCAAAAGCAGACAAGUUUCAAACGCAGUUCUUCGUGAACUCAGCUCUAUGCUUUUCGCGUACAACGAGAUUUUCGACGGCAUCGUUUUGGCUUACGAUGUAAAUUCGUUUGAUAAAUGCGCGAGGAUCCUUCCUGGUAUUUAUCCCUAUUUCGGUGUUAAAUUGAAGGUCAAUAUGUUGCUUUUUUCUCCCAAGCCAGAUAUGCUUUUAGAAGGGAAGGUAGUGAAACUUACACAUGAGUCAAUUCACGUUGUUGUGCUUGGUUUUGCUUCUGCGGUUAUAACCGAGAAAGAUAUCAGGAAAGAGUUUGUAUACAGAACGAAACAUGGACAAGAUGUGUAUGCGAGCAAAUCUCACAAGCGACACGUGAUAAAGGUUGGAACCAUGAUACGAUUUUCGGUCAAGAGUUUUGAUGAGGAAAUACUUCAUAUUUAUGGAUCUCUGGUUCCAGAUAACACCGGAAGCAUACAUUGGUUGGAUAAGAACUUGGAAGUUGUUUCCCUUUCUGACAGGAGCACAAAAAAGAGAGAAAAUGAGGGACAACCAUUAAUGUCAGAGAAAGAUGCUAUAGAUGGGGAACCUUCAAGCUUUGACACUGUCCAAAAACUAAAACAUUCAAAGAAGCAAAAAGUCAGACAGGAAUCUUGAAUGAUGUAUUGGAAUCUUAUUCUGUAAUGUAACUUUCACAGAGUAGCUAGUUUAUGGAUGGAAGAAUUUGGACUCACCAUCUAAUGUUAAGUAUAUUACUUAUUUUUCAAGGACAUCCAACAAGGAAAACAAAUUGGCAUGCCAUAAUUGGAUUUUGCUUCAGCUUUGGCCAUAUAUGCAUUAGUUGUUUCAAUUAGAUUCACAAUUUUUUCACAAUCUGUUUGAUGGUAAUUUGAGGAACCUUGCUUGUAGUUUAAAGUGAGUUUAGAAGCUCCCAUAGCGUCUUUUAUUAUUAUUUUUAAAGAAAUUUCAGGCUGCCAUAUUUUCCUAUCUAGUGGUGAACUGAAUUAGUUUGAUUAGGUUUAUUAUUUUUAUUGGUUUGAUCAACGUGUGAUGGAUAAAUACUUAAGUGGUCCUCUACCUUCUCACCAUUAAUCUGUAGAUACCGAGUUCUCAAGUCAUUAUAUUGUGGAUUUUUGCUUCA